AUGGCAUUCAAGUUGGUAGUUCUCUCGUGCCUUCUGGCUCUCGUCCACGGUAGCGCUGUUCCAGCAGCUAUUGCAGCUGCGCCUGUAGCUUACGCUGCGCCUGCCGUUGCAGCUAGGCUUGAAGAGUUCGACCCUUUGCCGCAGUACAGAUUUGCUGCUCGAUAUGCCAGCGCACCCGUUGCUACCCCGGUGGUAGCUGCCCGAUAUGCCACUGCGCCUGUUGCAGCGCCGGUUGUAGCUGCCCAAUAUGCCACCGCACCUGUAGCUGCCCGAUAUGACACCGCUCCCAUCGCCGCUCCAGUUGUAGCUGCCCGAUACGCAGCCGCACCUGUUGCUUAUGCUCAAUAUGCCCCAUACGUUGCUCGCUCCGUGCCUGUAGCUGCCGCAUAUAGAGCUGCAUAUACUGCUUCGGUGGCUCCUGCCUACAGUGCUCCUGUAGUGGUAGGUUAA